AUGUUAAACACCAUCCGGGCCACCGUGGGUUCCGACCUGAGCAAGCGAUGGAUUGCAGACCAAGUCUCGCAAUUGCCAGCCAUCAGCCCCCUGUUGAAGGUUGCCUUCGCCAUUGAUUUCAUCAUCUUUCUGCCGCUGCUCCUGUUUGCCAACUACACCCUUGCUUCCGUCUUCACCACCUUGGCCGUGGUCGAGAAUACCGAUUCGACCCCGUCGUACGCCUCUCUCUCCGCCCACGAUGAGGAGGAGGGUGUUUCCCUGGCCGGGGCCCCAGCCCUGCGCAAGCAGCUCGACGUAAACUCUCCGUCCGCGUCUGCCGGCAUCGUGACCUCGGGGCUGCGCGCCACGUGUCGUCACCUGUACCGCACGGGAGGUGUGCGCCUGUUCUUCCGUGGCAUGCUCUGCGCGGCGGCCAUCUUCCUCGCCGACUCCUUCAUCGGCGCCAUCUUCUUGACCAUCCCCAUCGUGUUCCCCUUCGGCCGCCUGGUCGCCUACCUGGCCCUAUGCCAGCUGCAUACCGCCUGGGUCCACAUCGUCAUCUCGGACCGGCCCCACGGCAGCCUCGCCUUCUGGCGCCGCCUGCCGCCGUUCGGCAAGACCUUCAACGCCACAAAGUACGCCGUCGGUCUCUUCUGGCUCGCCGACCUCUUCACCGGCGCGACGCCCUACAUGAUCGCCAGCUUCGGGGGCAAGGACGGGAAAGUCAGCGGCCUAACCCUCAUCGGCCUCUUGAUCUUCACCAUCCUCAUGCUUCUCGUCCGCCUGCCGUCCUCUGCCGUCCUCACUCUCGUGCAGGCCAGUCUGCUUCCGGAAGGGGAAGGGACCAUCGUCCCCUUUGACCGUUCGUUCGGCGGCCGCGUCGGACCUUCGGAGCUGGGCGGUGCCCAAUCCCUUUCGGUCCGCGAUGCCUUCAAGAGCCUGAGCCGUGAGUCCUGGAUCCGCGUCAUCAAGAUGUUCCUCAAGACCUUCCUUGUGAUCGUCGGCUUGAUGAUCGUGAUCAGUCUCGUCGUUGCAGUGCAGAUAGUGGCUCUCCAGCCCCACGCCAAGAAUUGA